AUGCUGAUGAUCACAGAAGAGCAUAUCAUGAAUGGCAAGAUCCUGAAACGUCAAGUCUACACCCUUCCAGGUGGUAACAAGAAAGUGGUAAACACGAAGAGUAUUACUGUGGUUGAAGAAGCCAUUAGAGAGCUGUGCAUGGAGCUCAACAUUCGAAGUCCAUCCGAGCAGCAAGAGUUCUGUCUGUGCUAUGUGCUCGAGAAAG